AUGCCUGAAGGAGGCAGGGGCGACAACAUGCCUAAAGGGGGCAGGAGCGACAACAUGCCUGAAGGGGCCAGGAGCGACAACAUGCCAAAAGGGGGCAGGAGCGACAACAUGCCUGAAGGGGGCAGGAGCGACAACAUGCCUGAAGGCGGCUGGGACGACAACAUGCUUGAAGGGGGCAGAGGCGACAACAUGCCUGAAGAGGGCAGGGGCGACAACAUGCCUGAAGAAGGCAGGCGCAACAACAUGCCUGAAGAGGGCAGGAGCGACAACAUGCGGGGCAGUGGCGACAACAUGCCGGAAGGGGGCAGGAGCGACAACAUGCUUGAAGGGGGCAGUGGCGACAACAUGCCUGAAGGGGGCAGGAGCGACAACAUGGUUGAAGGUGGCAGGGGCGACAACAUGCCUGAAGGGGGCAGGAGCGACAACAUGCUUGAAGGUGGCAGGGGCGACAACAUGCCUGAAGGGGGCAGGAGCGACAACAUGCUUGAAGGUGGCAGGGGCGACAACAUGCCUGAAGGGGGCAGGAGCGACAACAUGCUUGAAGGUGGCAGGGGCGACAACAUGCCUGAAGGGGGCAGGAGCGACAACAUGCUUGAAGGUGGCAGGGGCGACAACAUGCCUGAAGGGGGCAGGAGCGACAACAUGCUUGAAGGUGGCAGGGGCGACAACAUGCCUGAAGGGG